UGUUGCACUUGGGACGGUGUUUAUGUCAUAUAUCAUAUAGAGUGCAAUGGGAUGCUUAAAUAUAAUAUUGUAAAAAGUUGCACAUAAGAUUAAAAUAAGAUUUACAAUAAAACAGUACAAAAUGUUGGAAAGAGAAUGUACAGGAGAACAAAAUAAAACUUGAGUUCUGUCCCAUUUGGUACUCUUUGGUACUCUUUUAGGUAUAUCAUAUGACUUUCAUUGGCAAUUUUAAAUAAAUACUGUGAAACAUGGCAUUCUUGAUAUCUUGAAAUUAGGGAAUGGUUGAAUCACUUUGAUUUGAUGCAGAUUAUUAUAUUUUUGUUGUUUGUAAUCUGUGUGGUGAUAUUAAAAAUAAUGUUCUUAUGGCUCUUUUAUCUUGUGUUUGAAGCUUUUGUUCAUAAUUGUAUUUUAUAUCACAGUUGCCUCAGUCUGUGAACCGUAACCAUUGCAGUCCUUUAUUCUUCUGAUGAAAUAGAACUUACAUAUUUCAGUACAUUUACUACCAGUCUGCUUUUUGAUGAAGCUAUUGAACUCCUUCAUACAUGUGUUGAGGUCUUUGUCUGAUGUUUACAUAGACACUUUAUACCAUUUUCCUGAUUGAUUUCUAAAUGGUGAUUGCUAAGUCAAUAUAUGUAAAUGGAAUCUCUACAAAGCUAACUCAGAGAUAGCACUGUACAGUCUCCUGGACCUCACUUUAAUCAAAGGAACAUGGUAAAUGUAUAAACAGUAUAUAAUUUAGUUUUCUGUUUGCUUAAAUAGUACCUCAGCUUUGUUCUAGAUGUAUUCAUGAGCUCAGUGAUUCAUGGUAAUUGUGUUGAACAUUUUUAUUAUGCUUGUGAAUGUAUAUUUAAAUGAAUAAUUCCCCAUCUUAUGUACAGAUCAGAUAUUUAUUUUCAAUAUAUACGUGUAUAUAACACUACAGUUCUAAGCACCAAGAUUACAUCCGAUUCUCAUUGGAUUUUGGAGUUUCCCAUACAGGGUAAUUUCUGAUUGAAGGUUGUAGUGUGUUGUUUACCUUGAACAUCCAGCUGUGUGGUAACAAGGAUUCAAAAGUCACACCUGUGCCACCUUUAGGCAGGUAGUUGAGGUGUGGUAUUGAAAGAUUUCAUUAAUUUUCGAAACUCAUUCUCAAACUUGCUGAGAACCUGCCAUAUUACUUAUCAGAAAUCUGAAUUUAAAAGUUCAAAGUAAAUUAAUUAUUGUUGUAAUGUUUCAGGCGUUUAUCAUGUGUAUAUGUAAUGCAAAACCCUUUGUUUCCACUUACUUGGGGACUGGCCAGAAAGUUUGGAAUUGUGGAAUACAUUGAGUCAAGAGUAUAUAAGGCCACAUGUUUACUCGGUGAUUAUGCUUCUGGGAAGCCCUGUGUGCAUUGAACCCCUUCAAGAUGCUAGAGCUAUGAUCCAGAUUAUGUAUUUUCGGGAUCCCAUGACUUUCACAGAUGCAUUGCAGAGUCUUUGAAUACGCAGGCAGAAUUUGAACUGUGUCCAUUGUACACCACAAUGUUCAGUGAUGCAUAUCCCAGGUACAUGAUGGUCCUGAAACGACUGGACCACUUGCCACCAUGGUUUGACAGAAGCUGGGAUUAUCAUCAGAGAGCUGCAAAAAAGAACAUAAAGAAGCCAUUGGAUGUUGAUGGAAUGGAUAGGUAUCGCUUCUCUCAACGGCCAGUGGUUCCAUUCCUGCAACCAGCAGCAACAGCCAUGACAGUCAACAUUAUGGGAACUGAAGACGGAGAGUAUAUGCCGAGAAUACAGAACCGCAGCACGCAAACAGACUACAGAGAGUCUGAAACUCAGACAACACCCUGGGCACCUCCUGUGUUCUCCCACUGUACCCCUACUCCUGAGAUGUUGACUCUUGCCAACUUAUCAUGGGGUCAUGGUUUGCCAGCAGGGAUGCAUGAAGUGGAGGUAAUAGAACAUGCUCGCAUAAGGAGAGCUUGGGAGGAUUUUAUGCCUACGUCAGGUGAUCCGAAAUCCAUUGAGAAAAUGAGGAACAUUAUAGAUGCUAUUGAGAGUGAUGAAUGUCUCUUUCGUGAGAAGGAAAUACAGAAAAUCCAUAAUGUGCGUUUAGACCUGGCUUGUCAGCUUCUUAAGAAGUCCCAGCAUGAGGAAACUCAUAAACUGAAUAUUCGCUUGCAACGUUACUGGACAUCAAAGCAGCAGGAGAAAAACGAGAAAAUACAGAAGAUAAGGCUUGAUCAUAAGAGAGCACUGCGCAAACUGGCACUCACACACGAAGGUGUCACCAUGAAGUAUCAAGAGGGAAGCGUUGUGGAUGAGUACAGAGACCAUAAGUCUGAACUGUAUGGUCCCCAGAUGCGUUUUGGAGAACAUCCUAAGCGUCGUCAUGAGGUGAUCAAUGUGCAAAGCAGAUUUCUGACACACAUCAAAGGUCUAGAGAUCCUCGAGACAGUUCCAAAAUUGCUGCAACCAUCACUCCAUUUGACUAAACCUGCAGUCAAGAAGAAGAAUGAACUGUGUGUUCGUGAGACACGCUGGACAGAAGCCGUGCUUGAGAAACUGCACCAGGACUUGAAAAAUGUUUGUAGGAAAACAUCUGGAAAGUGUGAGCACACGGGGUUGAUAUCAAGACUCCGAAAACCAAUCCCUGUACCAGAAACUACAGACACAGAAGGUAUGCCAGAUUCAGAAGCAGAGAAGUACCAAGGAGCUGUCUUUCUGCAAAAGCAUAAACGGCAGGAGUUGAUCGAGGAGAUGAAGAGUACCACAGCAUUACAGCAAGAAGACCUGCUGCUCACCGUGCAACAACGGGAGCAUGUACAGUCUCCUCAGCGGGAACAGUUACAGAAUGAGAGAGAGGAUGAAUGGUGUGCUCGCACUUUGGCCUUGCUAGCAGAACGAGAGAGGUCCCAGCAGGAGACACCAGAAGCAGGACACAGACAAGAGGAAUGGAAACAUCAUGAACAUCAUGAAAUAUUCAUGCAAGCAGUAAAGGCGCACCAGGACACAGUGUGCACAUAUGUGGAAGAUCUGAUCCCUGAGUCCACACAGUGGGUUGCCAAGGCAGAGUUACAACAGAAUGUUAGAUACCUUGCAAAAGGAAUAGACAAGGCAGUGGAAGAGUUCCACCUGAGACAAAAUGACUUGGAGCAGGAGGAGCUUGUAGCUGACUUGAUGCAUAACUAUGUGGCGCCAGAAAGGAAGCAGAGGCAGGCCAAGUACUUGCAGAAGGCACAUGCUUCAGUAUGUGGAAACACUAAGAACCUUCCUUGUGUGAUACAGGCAGUCUCUACAGAUGCAGAGAAUAUAAGGGACAGCAAAAAGGAUGAACAGCCGAGCACAAGAGACAAGGGAGUGGAAAUGACUCAGCAGGAUUCACCAGAAGAGGAACAGCAGCAAGAGAUUCCGCUAGUUGAAGCUGCAAGGCCAACUUUAAAGGAAUCCAACAGAGGAGCAGAGGAAGAAGAAACACUGGCAGGAAGAUUCCAUGAUUCUCAUGAAGCUGGAGAGAUAUAUGGAACACAUACAGCAACUAAAAACUAUGGAGAAGCCUUGGAAACACUUGGAGGCAUUUUCAGUAUUUCUGAAAAUGUUCAUGAAGAUGAUGAUUAUUCAUUGCAAGGACCUGAAGAUCCAUCUAUGAAAGAUGAAGACAAAAAACUGAAGCUUCCAGUGAAUAUAUACACUGUAAGCUUGAAACAGCCUGACAAUGAGACUGAGGAUACAAGUUUGCAGCAUCCAAGGUCAAAGCCUAACACUGGAUUCAGAGAACAUGAUACUGGUAACAAAGAUGAGAGCAGUCAGCAUACAAAGUCAAACACUAGAAGUGGAUUCUGGGAACAGGAUAAGGAUGAGAGUAUUGAGCAUCCAAAAUCAAAGCCUAAAAUUGCAUUAAGAAAAUCUGACAUUGGCAAAAAAGGUAACAGCACUCAGCAUACAAAAUGAAAAACUCAAAAUUAGAUUUAGAGCACCUGAAGAUAAUACCAAAGGGACAUCAUAGCAUUUAAGAAUAAAACCUAAAAUUGGUUUCAAGGACUGACAAUUAUAAUUACAGUAAACAUUAUAUAUAUAUAUAUGUGUGGAAGUACAUGUGCUAACUUGUAAAGAAAUACACUAACCAGUUAAAUGAGUGUGUCACUGAAAAUGGGAAAAAGUCAGCCCAUGAAUUAGAUGAAGGUACUUGGAACAGAUCUGGCAUGUUUAUAUUGAAAGUGUUGAAUAAAAAUAAUUUUGAAAGAAACAUAUUUAUAUAUAAGUUCACAAAAAAUGAUUAAACAACAUAUAUAGAGGGACAAAUCACAUCAGUAACAUUAUUCUUGUUGAGAAUUCAUAUAACAAUAUAGUGAAGAAUAAAUAUUUGUGUUUAGUUAGAGUCCUCACC